ACAGGCAGAUGACUUAAGGUAUGUGGGCUUGCAGGCUACUGGAGGUGGCUGCUCUGGCAUUGGAGUGGUUAAGAACAGCAGGAAACUUUCCACUUUCCCCUCCUGUUUCAGGCCAGUCUCACCCUCUCAGCUGUUUCUCCCUCCCCUCACUGCUCCCCUCUCUCCCUCCCCCUCUCUACUUCUCUUUCUUUCUCCCCUCCCUGCCUGAUUGCACAGCCCCGGCCCCUGAUUUCCUCUGAUUUUGGACUGUUCCUUUCUUAUUGCACAGACACCAGUCCCCUUCCACUGUGCACAAAGGGAAGAUGUCCCCCCUGUCAAUUAUAAGGUUUGGGAUGUGGAAGCUGGAUUAGUGGAACAGGUCACUUAUUACCUGACAGUGGAAUUUGGAAAACACUUGAAAAAAGUUGGAUGUGCUUUGUGUCAAAGGAUGUAACUUUGGGCAUCUCUCAGACAGGGGACUUUCCUGCUUGGGCAUUAGGUGCUGCACAGAUUGGGGCCGGGUUACAUUAUAAGGUCACCAUGCCGGAAGGAGUCUCCAGGGGCAGCAGUAAAAGAGCAUGUAAACAAGCUGCCCCCAGACCCACAUCAGUAAGUUCUUUGAGUGGAAUUGUAGACGGGAUGUCAGGUAGUUGUACCUCUGUGAACACUGUGUGCUCAGACAGUGACCGGCCAGUCAGCCUUAGCUCUUCAACGUCUUCGGCUUCUUUGCAGGACAGCCAUAGUUCAUUUGGAAGCAGUGGAGCUCUUGUGUCCUCACAAAGCACUGGCUCUUGCUACCCUCAGCAAAAUGGUAGUGACAUCAGCCUUGACUUAACUCCUGUGGCAUUUUUAGAAGGGGAAUCAGAAAGAAGUACCAUGGAUAGAACUUUUCCUGGCUACACAUGUUCUCCAAUUCUACGCAAGGCUAGAGAUCCAAAGAUCAAAUUAUCUCAUGUUGAUAGAGUCUUACUUGAGAUUCUAGAGACUGAGCAGGCGUACGUCAGGGAUCUCAAAAGCAUUGUGGAGGAUUACCUGGGCUGUAUCAUAGACUGUGGGCACCUUCCUCUUAAACCUGAGCAAGUCAGCACUUUAUUCUGCAAUAUUGAAGAUAUUUAUGAGUUCAACAGUGAACUACUGGAGGAUCUAGAGAACUGUAACUCUGCCCAUGGGAUUGCUGAAUGCUUUGUCAUGAGGAGUGAAGAUUUUGAUAUUUAUACAUUGUAUUGCAUGAACUAUCCCAACUCAGUGUCUGUCCUCCGUGAAUGCAUGAAGAGUGAGGAACUGGUACAAUUCUUCAGAGAACGCCAAGCUAGCUUAUCACACUCACUUCCACUAGAGACAUAUCUCCUUAAACCUGUGCAGCGUAUAAUGAAGUAUCACCUUUUGCUACAGGAACUAGCCAAACACUUUGAUAAAAAUGCUCCAGGGUACGAGGUAGUGGAGGAAGCCAUUAUUACAAUGACUGCAGUGGCCUGGUACAUCAAUGACAUGAAGAGGAAACAGGAGCAUGCAGUCAGAUUGCAGGAAAUUCAGAGCCAGUUGGUUAACUGGCAGGGCCCUGACCUCAGUGCCUUUGGGGAGCUAGUCCUGGAGGGGACAUUCCGGGUGCAACGCAUGAAGAAGGAACGAGCAUUCUUCUUAUUCAGUAAGAUGCUGCUCAUUGCAAAGAAGCGAAUGGACCUCUUCAUUUACAAGAUGCAUAUUUUUUGCUGUAACCUCUCCCUUACUGAGCAUUUAAAGGAUGGAUUGAGUUUCCGAGUGUCUGAUCUGACUAUCCCAAAGCACCAGCAAGUGAUCCAGGCCAGAAACCAGGAAGAAAAACGACAUUGGGUCCAUUCAAUCAAACGACUUAUUGUGGAAAACCACCCAGCAUCUAUCCCUCAAAAGGCGAAGCAAGUUCUUCUGGAAAACAGCUUCCAGUAUUCCCCUGAUGUACGCCUCAGCCCAGAACCUUUGAAGUCCCCGCGAUUAGAUGAGUUGUGGGCAUUCUCCCGAAGCAGGAGGCAAUCAGAGCUGCCACAGCUCAUGUGCAGCCCAGAGAGGUCCAAAAAACUGUUCCCAACACUAAGCAUGGACAGUGGCUCCCAGCACCGCCGUGGACGCAGACUGUCUGAACCAGCAAAAGAAAUUCAGGCUGCAUUUGAAAACAGUGAUUUGGUGCCAAUAAAGCACGCCGGCAGUGAAGGAGAACUUUUCCCAUCCUCUGGGUCUCUCAGGUCAUCAGACAGUGUGUGCACUUUAGAGUCCAGUAUCCUAGAGGUGGCUGAUGAGGUAUACGAGGAAGAUAACUCUUUCAGCUUGCCUGAGGAAGCUCUGUCAGGGAGUCUGUCCAUAACUGAGGAGAUUCUGGAACUUUUGAAUAAGAGAGGACUGCAAGCUGACCUGGGCAUCGUGGAGAAGAGUGAGAGUCUUGAAUUAACAGGGAGCAACACAGAGCCAGAUGAGCAGCUACUAAAUUGUGAACCAGUAGAGGUGAAAACAGCUGAAACGGAGCCAGAAAAUGAUCUGCAACUGGUGAAACAAGCACAUGUAUGCCAUGGCCCUGAAGUCCUCACUGAUUCCAUGGAUCCUCUCCAAUAUCCCACCAAAGCUUCCGUUUGCCAAGGGCAUCUUAACAGUGAGUCAUCGGAAGAAGAAGAGCCAAAGGGGGAUUCUAGAGAAUCACCCCUCCAUAUGUUGGAAGAGCUACAACAGGAGGAAACAUCAGGUUUAGGCAACAGAGACAUUCUUGAGCAUGAAGAGAUCCAGGACACAAUUUGUUUAAAUGAACUGAAAAAUUCAGCACUUAGUGGCAGUGUUCAAUCUGAGAAUUCUGUACAUGAUGCAGGUGCAUGUCAGGAACUGGCCAAAUUAGAACCUAUGCCAGAGAAGAAUGAGAAAAGCCUCAAGACAAAGAGGGAUUCAAACCUAACACAAGAUGACCGGCUGCUGAUUGAGAGGAUUAAAAAUUAUUAUGAAACAUCAGAAGCAGGAGUAUCAUACUUAAGCAAAGAAGACAGCAUUUCGUACAUUCCAACAGGGGUGGUGAAGGACUCUAUUUUGAGAUUCAAUUACAUUGUGCAGCAAGAGGUCAAAAAAGACAAAGAGAGGAGUAUAUUUGGAAAUACUGGAUGUGUAGACAGAGGUAAGCAAGUAUGCUCUUCUAGAAAACCAUGGUCUCGAUUAGAUAAGGAUAGCCAGCCCCCUGUUCCCCUAAUGGAAAACAGGAGCCCAAUUACACUGCCUUUAGAACAAGAGUCAGAAUAUAUGUCAUGUGCCGAGAUCCGCAAAGCCUGGAAAGAAAAGGAAAAGCCAAUUGCAACACCAAGAAGAGGAAAAUUGUGUAGGAAAAGGAUGGGAACACAAGAAGACGUGCUAGUUAUUAUGGAAGAAUGUGAUGUAGAAGUGCCUCAGGCAUCAAAAGAAAUUCCUCUGAAAGUGGAUGCAAGGAAGGAACAUAAAAAACAGAGCAUAGAGGACCAAGCCACCAGACAGAACAACCACCAUAAGAUAGGUGAUAAUGGGGAAAGCAAAGAAAUAUGCUGUCCUGCAGGUCUGAGCCUAUAUGAGACAGAGGACAGCUAUUUAAUUGAGAACUCUGAAAAGAUCAUUAACAAGGUGCAACUGUUGGCCAAAAUGUAUAGCGAGAAGAUUGGCAGGAUGAAGACACAAAGAAAGAAUGGAGACAACAAAAGACAAAUAGUUCUAUGUAAAGCUAUGGUGGAGACUAUCCAAGAGAUCAUUGAAGAAAAGACUGGAGACAAGAGUGUAACAGAGCCUCAUCCUUAUGGUCAUCUGCUGAUUCAUGAAACACGUUUGCAUAUUAAUUGUAUUCAAGAGAACAGUCUCAUUUUAUCUGCAGCUCGAGAGAUGGCUGGAGACCUCUACACAGAGGAUUUAAAUAAAGUGGAUUACUCCACCACCCAGCACUUGUUAAGUGAAGAAAUACUUACAGAGCGGCUACCAGAACAUGAGCUUCAGAUUCCCUUUACUGAGGAACCAGUUAUUGAGAUCAUGAAUAAGCUUUCAAUUGAAAGCAAUGAAGAACAAGAAGUAACAAUACCCUCAGAUGAAUACAAGUUGGCAGAGGUUGCAGUGGUUCAGUGUGAAACACCUUGCUCUGUUCAGGGAUCUUCCCAAAUAUGUAAUGAGGUAGUUGUUAGUAAGACUGUGCCUGAUGGAUUACUGCCUGUUGGAUAUAAAACAGAGGAAAAACUGGAACAACAGCUUGCAGUUAAUUUGGGUGAGAUACAUGAAAAAUACAACUUAAUGGAUUUUGAUCAAUUAUCAAUUAAUCAAUCAAAUCUUCAGGAUAGUUUUGCUGGGUGUCACGAAAAUGAAAAUUCUCUGCAUGGAAAUAUGCUUCUUAAAGAACCAGAGCCACAUUCACCCAACCAAAGAAAUACAUACACUGAAAAUGAGGACAAAACACAUGUGGAUUUCAAGGAAUCAGAAGCAGUCAAUAGUCCCGAAUCUUCUAAAAUACAAACAAAAGAACAGGCAAAAGAUAUUCCUAAUGAAAAACAAGCAAAAAUGAAUCUCGAAAACAUGAAAGAUGAGGACAAGGCAGCGGAUGAAAAGUAUUUAGAAAAUAGGAAAAUACCAGAGGAGACUGCACAAGACACACAUUCAUCAGUGAGAGACCACAAUGUUAAGGUAGAUACUGUUCUAUCACCAUCAUUACAAGUUUCUGAAAAUGGGACACAAACUCACUCUGACGAUCAUGUUAUCCCUUCAUCUAAAAGCACAUCAGCUAAACAGCAUGACACCCACAAAGAUAAUAAAAACAGAGGUGUCUCCCCAUCUGUACUUGAUGUCAUGCAGAGGCUUCAGUUGGACUCCUCAUUUUCUAUUGCUUCCAGAAAUAGCCUGAACAACUCAAACAAGCGCAAUCUGGCAACUCGCUCCUCUUCUUUCAAAAGCAAGACUUCAACUGCUCAGGAGUUCCAGAGUAUGGAUAAAACAUUGUUAAAUCCACACAAAAUGCAGAUAGAUGAAUCUAAGACAGUCCCCAACAUUCUCAAUCCCUCUGCUUUACAAAGGAAACUGUCCAGUGCUAUGACUCUAUCUAAGUAUCUAUCAACAUCACAUGCAGGGCAAGGUUAUAUGAAAAGAAGACCAUUUACCAUGUCUAAAAGCUCAGACAGUGAAAUAAACACUCAAGAAACACUACUGAAAAAUCCUUGCCCUUCUCCAGUCAUUGCAAAACCUUUGAAUGGUUGUUCAUCAUACAUAAAUCCAGAAUCAACUGAAAAUGGCUUUAAAACAAGAAGCAUGAAACAAGCAUGUCAAAGGGAUGAGAGAAAAGAAGAAAAACACAUACUAGGUGACUUAACCCCAACGCAAAAACUUUCUAGAAAUCAAGGCAUUCAAAGUUCAGCCUGUUCCACCAGUAACUGUCAGGAAAUAAACUUCAGAGAUAAAGAAGGAAAAGAAUUAGAUAACCCUGUAUGCCUAUCCCCGGGUUCUGCUGUUCUCAUUGCUUUCCCCUAUCCUCCUACAAUAAAAACAACACCUACUUCAACUGCAUCUGAGCCAAAUUCACGUGUACAGUCCCCGCUGCCGCUCCACACUCGAAUGUGCUCUCCUCCUCCAAGGUCUACUUUAAAGUCCUUUCGCAUGCCCUCCUUCUCUAAUACUAGGUCUUGCUCUUUCACACCACUAUCUUUCAGCCAGGUAGAGAAAUCAUCAUCAUCUUCUGCAAAUUCUACACCAACCUGCACAAGCCCCUCUUUCAUGCCUAAUUCGCCUGACCCAGGACAUGGAUUUCCUUUCCACACCAGAAAGUCUUCAGGAAACUGCUUUCCAUCUGGAAGAGACAGAGUUGUCAGUCCUAGGAGUUCACUAAACUGUCCUCUUGGGUCAACUGAUGAAGAAACCCAAUUCUGGAGCAGCAGUGGAUUGCCACCAUGCCUCAGCCCUGAUACCCAUUCAGUGCCAAGUGGUAUUAGCUCUCAUGAACUAACCAGUAUACACUGGCCAGAUGUACGCGAGCUACGCUCAAAGUAUGGACCAUUUAAAGUUCAAAAGUCCACCAAUCACCAGAACAGAGUUGAUAAAAACUCAGUGAGUUUGGUGAAUCCAACUGGUUAUCCACCUGAAGGGUCUAAAAGAAGCCCAAAAAGAAUGGCAUCACUUGAUUCAACAGCCCCACACACACAUGUUAUUCAGCGCUCAAAAAGUACUGUAGGAGUUGUAAAUGGAGACAAAUGGGACUCAUCUAAUGGAAAAGAGAAAGCCAACUUGAAGGCAAGCUAUUCUACAACAGUAAAUAUACAGAUUGGGGGCAGUGGCAGAAUAGCAUCAUUUACCAAUGCACAAGUCAUUCUCACACACCCAUUGCUCCAGGCCCCUGAAUCUCAGACAAUGAGGAAAAUUAACAUAAAUGGAAGCACCUUAGACCCACUGCAAAAAUCAUGAUGCCUUCUAGUCUAGUGAAAAAAAAGGACAUUUUGUAGCAUAACAGGUCACAUUUGGAGACUGUUUUAAAUUUCAAAUGUCCUGCUGUGAAGUCAGACAUUUUCAGUAGUUUAAAAACAUCAAGGAUGUGAAAAGGGACAACCAGAUAAAUCAAAAACAUUUUAAUCAUACUACAGACAAAUGACAAUAUGCCAGUUUGCACAUUUUUAUAUGCAAGAAGGACUGCUUAAAACUUUUUUUUACAGUAUUCAAAGUGGAUCAACACUGUGCAGGACUUAUCUUGAGCCUCGUUGAAUUUUGCACUUAGAAAUUACAAAUGGUUUGUUAAGAGUGUAUUAAAAACACACACUGAAGGAAACCAAAGAUCAGAAGAUUAGUCAGUUAAACACUUUCCGGUCUCCUCCAUGUGUAGAAUGAACUGAACUAUGUUUUUAUGCUGGAGGGUGCCAUUCACUUUGAUAAAUCGAUGGUGCUGUUGGCUGUUACCUGUUAGUACAACACAUGUACUUGUAUCCGCAUGUGGUGAUUCCUUACAGGAAUCAGUAUAAGGGAUGGAACACAAACUCAGUUUUGUUACGAUGCAAAGAAAUCAAGAAAAAUGUUUCCUCUUGAAAUGACUCUCUCCCCCAUAAUCAAUUUGCUAAGAACAUUACAUCAACAUCAAGCAGGCCAACUACAGAUGAAGCCACUUGGAUUUGUGAGUUAAAUGCGUCAUGACUCAGAGUUAAUUGAAGAAA